AUUCUUUGUCUUGGGUUAUUCUAUGGAAUGUUACUGAAAUGCUUGAUGGCGUUUCUGAAAGUAAAAUGGCGUCUUAGUUUUACGGAAAUUUGAAAAAGUGUGAAUUUAAUUUUGCUAACUCAUACAUUUUCUCAUAAGAUACUGUAUCGCAUCAAGUGUCUAGUUCAGCAUCCAGUGUUUUGUUGAACAGCAGUCUUCAAGUUCAGAGAGGGCCUCUAUCAUACAGUAGUUGUGAAUCUGAUUCAGUGCAUUGUUUAUCAAAUACAUUUAAAUUUAAAUUCAAAUGGGGUUUCUAAUGUUUGAAUAAACUUGCUAUGCUAAGAUGUCACAAUUUUAUGAAGUGGUGAAUGGGCCCACCACAGUUGAGGAACUGCAGCAGUUAUGCCCAAAUUUACAUGUGGAUGGUGGAAAUAUCCAAUACAUCAUCAAUCAAGAUGAAACUGCCAAUAUCCAAUACCAGCAUCAGAAUCAUCAGGUUAUAGGCAUUGAUCAACAUACUGGAGCAGCAAUUCAGCUGACUGCCUAUCAGCAUCACCAACCACUUGUAGUUGACAACCAUCAACAACAAGGCGUGUAUGUUCUCGAGACUGCCGACCACGGCGCCCAGGCGGCUAUUGCAGUGACUGAUGUUCAGCAGCAGCAAGAACAGCAACAGCUUCAGCAUCAAGUUCAACAGGUUCAGCAAGUUCCUGCUCCAGUACCUGCUCCUCACUUCCAUCCUCAGGCACAGCCACAGCAACAGUUUCACCACCACCUCCACCAGCAGCAGCAGCAGGUGGCACAGACAUACUACAACAAUAUGCCGAUGACUAGGCAGGCACAGGGAAAUGGGUUGACUCUAGCAGAUGCUGCUGCUCUCAUGCCUCAAAGACAGAGCAUGCAAGUUGCAGUUGAAAAUAAUUCCACAGACCAGCAUGCUCAGCUUGUAGCAUAUCAACCCACCAAAACUCCAGCGAGGUAUAUCAAUAGAUUAACACAUUUACUAGAACAUCAGCAGCAGCAACAACAACAACAACAGCAGCAGCACAUGUUAAGUCACGUGCAAGCAUCGAAUAAUAGUGCAAUAACACUGCCACAUGGUAGAAAGGUGUCUGUGGAGGAUUGGCAAUGCAUGCAGGAACACCAGCAGCAGAUGGCAGCCGCUGCUGUGGCAGCUAAUCAGAAUGAGAGGUCAGGAGUCAUCACUUUAACUAGGCAAGAGACAGAUGUUUCUCCUAUGAUGACUAACGUAAUGCAGCAGCACAGGCCAUUGCAAGUUCAGCGCCAAGAGUAUGCUGGCCCCAGAAGAAAUUUUGGAAAGGCUCGAAUAAGAACACAGAAUGCUCUGGUGACAAACAAUACAAUUCAAGCCAUUGCAUCCCCAACUGUGGAUCAUCAUCAUCAUAAUCUCCUGCAGCAACAUGAUAAUGUGAUAUCUGUGGGGGAUCAGAUGGCCAAUGUUCAGUCUCAGCACGCUUCAGAAGAUGUUCUUCAACAGCAGCAGCAGCAACAGCAACAGCAACAAACUGGUAGCAGCACUCAAAUACUGAUUCUUCUACCAGAUGGUAAUCAGCAGCUGGUGAAUUUGAAUGUGCCACAAGGAAGCUGUUCUCUGAAGGAAAUACUUGAACAGGUUGGUUUACGUAUGGAUGGAAAUGUAAUAGUAAACAACUCGGAGACAACAGGCGAGGUUCCUUUGGAGCAAGCUGUUGUGACCUCAGUCAAAGCUGAGGAAAUGCCAAUAGAAAACCAGAUACAUCAACAACCAGACACCAAGCCAACUAGUGAAGAGAUCUCUCAGGAGAAUGCUGUAUCAUCCAGUGUUGCCCUUGGACAACCAGAACAAAGCACUGCAUGCUUACCAAACACUGGAGAAACCAUAGCCAUUAAAACGGAGGAGCCUCAAGAUAUUAAGCCAGUUAUUAAAGAGGAACCAAGGUUAGUGCCUGGGAAGCUUGCAGUGUGUCAUUUCUGUGGAUACACAUCAUUAGAUUUCUUUCGCUGCCAGCGGUGUAGAAGAAAACUGCCAGAAAACUGCAAAUCUAUACCUGUUCCAGACGGACUUAAAAAGAAAUCUGUUAAAGAAGGGAGCAUUUCUGAGAAAUAUUUUUCUAAAACAUCUCUAAAAGUCGAUAGUGCAGAGGUGCCAAAAGGCAGAGGCAAAGGUCGUCCUGGUAAAAGAACCAAAAGCAAACUGGUUGAGGAACCUGUUUGUUUGACUUUGUCUUCGGAUGACGAAGAGAAUACACAAUCAGAUUUGGAUUCAACAGCGGCUGGUGAGAGGUUACUGAAUAAUGGUCAGCGAUUAUCUACUGAUGGCAUCCCAUAUACUGCCCCUGAUCCAGAGGUGACCUCAUCUGCUAUGGGCAAAGAGCCUAUUAUUCCUGAGGAAGAUGACACGGGGUCAGAUACAGGAGAGAAUCAACACUCUCAGGGUGUCAGAGGUGGAGGAAGAGAAUUGGACAUGGAUGGUAUUCUGGAUGGUACAAUCCCCGGCUCUUACACUCUACUGCAGUGCCGGACUGUUAGAAUAGGAUCCUACAAAGUGGUCCCUAAGGACCGUGUACUGCUUUCUUCAGUAGGCAUUAGAAUAGCAGUCCCAGCCAUUGAAGAUGAAUCAAAGAGUGUGACACUGUCAGUGAACAUAGAUGAAAUCAAGAAGGUUCUAAUCCACUUUGGGCGGGGAAUGCCAGUCUUAUUUUUCUACAUUGUUGCAACAGCUGCAGCAAGAGUAAGAACCGCGUUAAAUAUGGAAUCCAAGCUUGGACCUUACUAUGACCCAACCAGUCAAGAUGAGACACAGCGAAGAAUAACAUUGCUUCCAGAGAGGUUACAUGAGGAUAAUAAAGUAGCUUUAAAGAAUAUUUUUGGCUCGUUAACUAAUGUGUUGGAAGAGUUGAGUAACAAGGAGGCAAAUGAUAUUCUGGUCAGGGCCUCACCUAAAGAGGUUCAGAAUAUGAUGAAAAAAGCAAUUGGUGUGUCUCCAUUGAAAUGCAAGGAUGAAAUUCAGACAAUCUUGGUUUAUCCACCACCACCUUCAAAGGGAGGAAUUCCUAUAAAUACUGAAGACUAUGCCUGCCUGGGUGAAGACCAGUUUCUUAAUGAUGUCAUUAUAGACUUUUAUUUAAAGUAUCUGACUCUCUCGGUACUGAAUGAAGAAGAUCAGUCGCGUACCCACGUCUUUAGUUCAUUUUUUUAUAAACGACUGACAACUCGCCCUGUAAAAUCACUUAGGAGAUCACAUCCAGUUGAAGAUGAUCCCAAGUUAUCACCAGCAGAGAAAAGACACAGUAGAGUUAAAAGUUGGACGAAGAAUGUCAACAUCUUUGAAAAGGACUUUAUUAUAAUACCUAUAAAUGAACACUGCCAUUGGUUCCUUGCAAUCAUAUGUUUCCCUGGCCUGAGAGGGAGUGUGCGGUUUUCUGACAAUACACCGAUCGUUGUUCCAAGCAUAAAGAAAAUCAAGAAAGUUGUUCCAAAAAAGAAUACAGCUACAAUUGAGGAAUGUGUGAAGGGCAGUCUCCAGAUUGGGUCUACAACUAUCACUCCCAUUAAGCCAACAGCAACGAUAACACUGGAUAAUUGUGGAGAAGAAGGCUCAGACAGGGAUGAAGCAGAAGCAGAUGAUGAUGAGAUGGAGCAAGGAACAAGUGAUGAAGAAGACGUACUGUCAGCCAGUCAUCUUGAAACUCCACCUAUUGAGAAACAUCGGUUGUUUUCGGACCCUGCCCACGAGGAAAUACCUAUUACACCAGUGAAGCCAACUCCUGUGCCAAGAGGGAAAGGAUCGAAGCCAACACGAGAACCUAUCAAGCAACCUUGCAUUCUAAUCUUCGACUCGCUUGCAGGAGCAAGUAGGUCUCGUGUGGUGGCCACAUUGCGGGACUAUUUACGCAUCGAGUACAAAGUGAAAGAAGGAAAGGACAGAGAAUUUAACAAAGACACUAUAAAAGGCAGCACACCCAGAGUGCCCCAGCAAACCAAUUUCACAGAUUGCGGGGUUUAUGUUUUGCAAUAUGUGGAAAGUUUCUUUCAGGACCCAAUCAAGGAUUACUACCUACCAAUGAAGAAUCUUGUUGAGUGGUUUUCUGAAGAUGUGGUGAACAGGAAACGAGAAGAAAUACAACAAUUGUUACUUAGACUCUUGGUGCAGAAUAACGUGGAUAUCGAGAGUUUGAACUUGCCAAAGUUGUCUUUCUCUGGUAACCAUUCUGAAUCUGAAUCACAGGAGGAUGGUAUGUGUGAUAUGGCUCCAGAUGUAGAAGCUUCUUCCUUAGAAAUACAGUCACAAGAAGAAACAGUUGAAGGUGGCCUGGUUUUCACGUGUACAGAGGAAGAUGAUUAUGGAGAAGAAGAGUCUGACAUGACAGGAGAAUCUAAUGUUGGAAAUAGCAGUGGUCAUAGUUCGCCAGAUACAAAUUCAAGCCCAGACAAAUUAGGUGGAGGUGAUAAACGAAGUUUAGUGAACUAUCCUGAAAGUGAUGAAGGGGAGGAACAGGAUCAGAGACAAGGACAAAGCCAUAUGGAUGUGGACAAUGCAGCAACACCUGUGGUUUGUUCAGAAGAUGGCAAAAGAAACAACACAAUGUUGUUCCUUAAAACUAAACGAAUUGAAAGACAUAGUACUCGACGAAUUGAUUCAACUCCAUUAAAGAAAAUGAGAACAGGACAGUCUCAAGCCAGUGACAGAUAAUUCAUGUUGAGAUGUGAAUUUCAGAAACAUACAUGAUACUGAAAUAAAGGAAGACUUUAAGGAA